AUGCAAGGCGUCAAACUUUCUCUAUUUUCACCUGAAGAGAUAAAGAAACUCAGCGUAAAGAAGCUAACAAAUCCAGAAACUUUCGAUGCGUUGUUGCACCCUAACUUUGGAGGUCUAUACGACCCAACACUUGGUCCAACGGACAAAGACGAUUUGUGCGGGACUUGUGCUCAAAACUACAUUUUCUGCCCUGGACACUUUGGACAUAUGGAACUUCCUUUACCAGUCUAUCAUCCAUUAUUCUUCAAGGUUUUGCUGCAGAUCUUGAGAUCGUCUUGUUUCAAGUGCGGGCAACUUUUGUUUUCGCGGACAGUAAGACAUAUUUUUCUUAGGUGAGCUGAACUGCGAUGUUAAGGAAAUCUGUUCCAUUGAUCUUCAGACCUAAGGCCUUGUAGAGAUAUCAAUGUGCUGGGUUAAAAUUGUGAAGCAGGGUUUGGAGGAGGGGGAGGAGGAAAAAGCGGGGGGAGGUUGUGGUGAAAUAAUUUCUGCUCAGCUCCAACACAUUUUGCUUCAGUAGGCUGAUUUAGCUAUAGAACGGGAACAUCAGUUGACGACGGGAAAGCGCGCGGAAAGGACUAAACAUAACGUCCGGUCCCCAAUUUGCUGGUCUGCCAUUGGUCAAGCCAGUUGUUUAAUUUUCGCGUGCCGUCGUCAUCUGACGUCCCCGUUCUGUUGCUAAAUCAAGAUGAAGCAAAUGGUGAAUCAAGAUGAAGCAAAUCCUGUGUUCUGAUUGGUUACCCGAGCAGACAAGAUGGGCCUAUGUUGCGUUCUCAGGAUUUCCUGCGUUGGUCUUGCAAGAAAAAGUCCACUUUUUGGCCAUAUAACAAAUCCUUUAUUGACCAAGCUUCUUUGGUGAUGAUGCUGGAUAUCGCCCUUAUUCUUUUUGGGAUUUUUAUUUACCUUGACUUCAUCUCUGUCCAUAAAAAUGCAAUGGUCAAUGGCCAAUAUCCAGAUCUCUUGACCACACGCGUGGUCAAUAAUGCAUAUCAUACUAUACACUCUUUAUUACCUCUCUCUGCCCUGUUUUCCAGAGCCAUCAAAAUAAGCCCUCCUCUGUCCCUCACCCAGUGUGAGAAUUUUUCAGCCCAUAUAAUUAUGAUCUUGAUAUGGGUGGACCACAGAAAAUAACAAAAACAAUCAGAAAAAUAUUUUUACAAACCUUAGGUAAGAAACCUUUUUUAAAACAGUGCUCACCUGCAAGGCUUUAGUAUUCAUGGGCAGAAGCCCAAUUGAUGUUAGAAAAUCUGUUGAGGUUGGAAAUAUGUGCAUGUCAGAAUGGCAACCCUGUUUAUACAAAGGAACCUAGGGUGGCACAGUUUCGUGAUAAAUGGCACCCUUCUGUGAUCUCCAAAUUAAUGCAUGACUCUGUCUAUAAACGGAACAUCUGCAUUUAUUUGUAUUCUUUGAUCAUUUCCAUUCCAUUAAUUCCAUAUAGCCAGAUGAAGGCACUGGAUUUUGGGCUCACGUCAGUUGCUGAAGAGCUUCAACAUGUUGCUAACCAAACAAUAAACUCUGAUCAAUCAAUUGAUGACACACGGGGCUUUCAAGAGGAAGAUUGUAUCACUGCCCUGGACAAACAUGUAAAAAAGGCAUUGAAAGACAUUGAUAAGACAGAGGCCAGGAUCAAGUCAGUGGCCAAAAAUGUCACAAACUUUAGGCAUCAGCUUAUAAAGGAAUUUAUGAGUACCUACAUGGUAAACAAAAAACGUUAUUGCCCAGGUUGCAAAGCGCCAUCCCGAGAGGUGAAGAGUGAACACAACAGCCGUGUGUUUUUAAAGGGAUUAUCAGCUAAAGAUGCUGUUAAAUGGGUGAAAAUACAAGUUACAAAGUCUCAUAUGGCAAGACAAACAAAUGAUGGUCCAAACAAUGAACCAGGUAUAAAUAAGGUGCAAAAUGUCUCAUUAAUUUCCAUGAAUCACUUGUAGUAUCUUUAAUCUUAAUUUUUGCUCUUGAAAUGAAUAUGUUACUUUCAGAGAAUGGAACAGUGAGCAAUUCUAUGGCUGACGCAGAUGAAGAAGUGAAAAAACUUAUGCAACAAACCUUCCUUACUCCACUUGAAGUGAAAAAACAUGUCACCCAAAUCUGGGAGACCUAUCAUGAAUUUCUGAAUGUUCUUCUUGGAGCCUACCCAUCUCCAACGGCAAAGAGAAAGUGUUCCUCGGCUGAUAUGUUUUUUCUUGAGAUCUUUCCUGUUCCACCCUCAAGAUUCAGACCGGUAAGUGUUGUAAUUUGUACUGACAUUGUUCUGUUAAUUGCAACAUUAUUUGCAAUAUAUUUAAUUCAAUUUUCUUUAAUUUAUAUGGACACAAUUAAAUGCAAUUUGAGAUACAUUACAUGUAUGUGAAAUUUCACUGUUGAGUAAAUUAUCAAGAUGCACUGCAAGGAUAAAGUGUAAUGACAUACUCCCAUCAUAAACGUUUGUACACAUCAUUAACUUUUGUUGUUGUAAUUGUGUAAACUAUGCAGUACUACUUUAAGCACUUGCAGUAUUUAUUUACUUAAAAGUGCUUUUCAGUAUGUAGCUUCAGCUGGUUAAAAUGCUUUUCCACUUUACUUAUUUAUACUGUCUUGCAGCUAUCAACCCUCGGAGACAAGCAGUUUGAGAAUCCACAGACUGGGAACCUCAGUAAAAUCAUGAAGGACAGUGUACUGGUGAAGGAAUGUCUCUUGGAUUUAAACAAACCCAGAACAGAACAGGCUGAAGGAUCAACAGAAAAGAAAAAGAAGGGUUUUGUAUGUGAUCAUUUUCUAUUAUACGUUGUGGCUUUUAAUAACUUUAAAAAUGGUAUGGCUCUUGGUUGUCCUUUGUCUUAAAUGUCAGAGGUGCCAUUCACUGAGGGUCUAAAAGCUGCAUGUAGACUGUAACCUUUUAAUUAGCACUGUACCCCCUACAUGUACAUCAACUGCCCCUGCUAUAAGCGCAAAUUGACCCGGUCCCCCCGAUUAUAACUUUGGUGUGCCUGAGGGUUAUAUAAAGUCUUGAAAGAAGUACUGUAACAAUAUUCACUUUUUGGACUCAAUUUUGUAGUAAUGAAACAAGUGCCAAAAUGCCCCAGAGACCAUUUUAGGACUGAAUUUUGUUGUCAAUUUUGAGAGAAAAUGGGCUGUCGUCUUAACUAGCACAGAGAAACUUAAUGUUCAAUUUCAUCCAGGAGAUCUAGGGACCCAUACAGUGGACAAGGAGAUUUGUGCCAUAUCUGGGAGACUCUAUCCCAGAUAAUCCGGGAGAGUUGGCAUAUAAUGAAAUUAAUACUGAACCGUCACCAUUUUUCUUUUCAGGGCAAGAAUGCCCCCGCAACUGUAUCCGGUAAGACGCCCACUGAAAGACUUCACAAUGCAUGGCUAAAACUACAAACAGAUGUGAACUGCUGUAUAGACAGUGAUCUGGAUAAACUGUCUACAGUUAAAUUUCCAGGAAUCAGGCAGGUAUGUGUAUCUGUAUGCUUUCAAAUAGACUGUGGUACUGGUACAUUUGUAACUAGCAUCAAUCUUGUUUAGUGAGACUAAACAAGAGGAAAUGUGGUCCACACAUAUUUAUACUCAAAAGUCAUGUCUGCAUGUCAAUAUUUUUCAGGUCAAAUCUUGAAAUUUCAAUAUUGUGCGUGUCAAAUCUUGAAAUUUCAAUAUUUGGCUUGUCAAAUCUUUAAAUUUCAAGAUUUGACAUGCAGAGGGAUUUAUUGACCCGUGCGGGAGAGCGGGAGAUUGGUGCUGUAUCCAGGAGUCUCCCGGAUAAUCCAGGAGAGUUGGCAUAAUUAUAUAACCCUGGCUGGAUUUCACAGUUUCCAAGCAAAUGAGGUUCCCUUCAAUAUUCUACAUACUGUAACCAAGAUUCUUGGCUCAAGCACAGACUAGAAUAUUGUGCAUGAAUUGUACCAAGAUAAAAAGUAUGUUUAGAAUGUAUGUACACUGUAGGUUAUUGAGCACUAUGGUGUAUCUGGUCUUACAUUAUUUACAUGUAACUGUCAAAAUUCCGCAUUUAAAUUUCAGAAGAGGAUUAAACCACUUUUGACUCAGCAAUUGCUUGUUAAAAAUGUUAAAGCUAUGUUGAGGUUAGUGAUGUUAGUUUUUUUCACUUAACAGAUUCUUGAGAAAAAGGAAGGACUCUUCAGGAAACACAUGAUGGGAAAGAGAGUUGAUUAUGCAUGUAGAUCUGUUAUUUCACCUGAUCCAUAUCUCAGUGUGGAUGAGAUUGGAAUACCAGAGGUAACAAGAAUAUUUUACUUGGAGGCCCAGGGAUAUACUAAUAGCCAUGGGAAACAAGACCAAGACUAUUAUUAUUAUUAUCAUUAUUGUUCGUCAUUAUAAUCCACACAAUCUUCUGUUUUAUUAUUGGGGUUCAAGGAAUUAAUUAAUGUGGAAUAUUUUUUGAAUGAGGAAUAAUAAAGAAAAGGCUGAGUACCUGAGUUGUAAAUCUGGCCAAAGCUUGUCUUUGCACCCUGGUUCAAGUAUUUAAGGUCAAGAAUUAAUGUUGAUAAUGUAGAUUUUCAUUUUGAAUGAGGCACACAGAAUGAAAGAGGCUGAGUACCUGAGUUUAUGUAAAAGAUCCUGCAGUGAACCAAAGCUUGUGUUUUACAACUUUACAGAAUUGUGUAUCAUGAUUGUUCUUUGCGUCUUUUUGUGAUUAGGUUUUUGCUUUAAAGCUGACAUACCCACAACCUGUGACUCACUGGAAUGUUAAGGAACUGAGACAAGCAGUCAUCAAUGGACCUCUACAGCAUCCAGGGUAAGUAAAUUAAUUAAUACCAGUGAUGUUUAAAGACUUGCAUUUAUUUGAGGCAGAAUUUUGAAUCGUUGGAGGGAGCAUUAAUUUGCCACCCUGUUUGGCAAACCAUUCAUGUAUGGUCUCUUACACUGUAGAUUGUAGGACUUUCAAUGUCAUUACAUGUACAAUGUAUAUUAGAGGUAUCAUUACACUGUACAUGCAGUCUAGUAGCUUGUCAAUCAGUUAACCAGAUACAGUAGUAAGAGAUUAAUGAUACAAUCAUGUGACCCAGUUUGGGUCUCAGCAUAAGUCUUUAAGCUUGACACGGUCAGUCUGUCAUGCCCUCAUGCAGUUAUUUUUCUUAGUCGAUCAGUCUGUCUGUCAGGCAGAAAGUCAAAUGAAAAUGAGUUUUAGACAACAAAUGUCAGUGUCAGGCACAGCCUUUGAUUAAAUGAGUCAAUCAGACAGUCACAGCAAGACACUAUGACAGAAGGAUGCUUCGCAGUUAAACAGAGAGUAAGUCAGCGACAUACACAUGUAGAUUGUAGAGACUGCAAAGCAGUGGAUCAGGCACGUGCUGUCACCAAGCAGUUAGUUUAGGAAGAGAGAUGUCUAGUUUUUAGCCAGAAGACAGUCACUAUACAAUGCAAAUAGAUCACAGAUUCGCUGAUGAGCUAAUCAUUGAGCUUGUUGCUCAAUUCAACAGUGCAACCCUUGUGGAACUGGAAGAUGGCAAACGGACCUUACUCAGCAAAACUGACCCCAACCAAAGACAGGCUAUUGCCAAACGUCUUCUUACUCCAUCCACCCACUUGAAGGCAUCAGUGAACCCUUGUAAAAAGGUACAGUGUAUGUCGAGAUUUUGAUCACUAGUACUUCUCAGCUUAAUUUGAACAGCCAAAGAAUUAAUAUAUCAUUAUUGAUUGACAGUGUUUGAAAAGAAGUAGCCAGAGAAAACAGCCGAUAUUUAGAAACUCAACCGCUGGUUUCCCUGCAAAAUGACAUCUGAUGACUGUGAUCUCUACCCAGAUCUGGGUACAAUUAUUGUAGUGUUUUCUGAUUGGUCGUACUGCAUGGGAAGUUAGCUCCAGGCAAUCAGAAGUACUACCCAGAAACGAUCUUGGUAGUGACACGUCAUCAGUAUGGAAUUUCAGCGCUUUUUUCUCAGAUGUCCUUUCACAGGGAAACCAGUGGUGGCAUUGUGAGAUGUUGGCUGUUUUCUCAGGCUAAAAAAGAAACAAUUCUUAUGAUGUUUACCUAUGUUGCAGGUCUAUCGUCACCUGAAGAAUGGUGAUGUAUUGUUGUUAAACAGACAGCCAACACUUCAUAGACCAAGUAUGAUGGCACACAGGGUAAGUCUCCAUUCUUAUUAUCACAAACUUAUAUGAGACAGUUCAUUGAUUUAUUGGUGAUAAUAAUAAUUGCAGGUGUUGAACAUUUCCUGAUUAUGUUUCAGGCUCGUAUCCUACCAGGAGAGAAAACCAUUCGACUUCAUUACGCUAACUGCAAAUCUUACAAUGCCGAUUUUGAUGGUGAUGAGAUGAAUGCUCACUAUCCUCAGAAUGAACUGGCCAGGGCUGAGGCCUACACCAUAGGUUUGUUAUCUGUAAAUUCAGUGUUCUUGAUUCUUGGCAUGCCUCCUAUAUGCACUUCUCUUGUCUUCUAGGAAAGUACCAUUUAAUAAUUUCCUGAAGGUCAGAGAUUGUCAGUCAAAGGAUGGUUAUUAUUGCUAUUCUUUCGAAACAAUAACAAUAAUAGCAACGAUAACGAUGUCCCAUGAUAAUUAUGAUAAAUACCGCAGUAAAAAACCACAGUAAAAACUAAGAAUGUGCAGUUUUCCAAUAAUUUUUAUAUGCAUAGACAGGUUCUUACGUAAAAUGGUAAUAAGCACAAAUUUAGGCUUUGAUUUAAGUUCUUAUAAACAGGUUCUUAAUUUCCGAAGGGAAAAAUUAUUGCAAUUUGUAGCUAAGAGUAUUUAGUGGUAUUCGGCUUAUUCCUUGUAAUAUUAUAUAAAAUCUGCAUACCAAUACAUUGCAGUUGGAGUGAUAUGAGGCACCUAUGUCUCCAAGGAGGAUUAUGAAUGUUGACUUCUCUUAAUUGCUUUAGACUUUUUCAAGAUUUUAGAAAAUAAGAACCUGUUUCAAAUUUUAAGCUUAUAAACAGGUUCUUGUAUAGAGGAGGCUUAACUGGCAAAUUUUAGCUUAACAGGUUCUUAAAAACCGUGUUCUUAGUUGGGGUUUUUUAUUGUAUUAGGAAUCAGGAUCAAGUAAGCUUAGGAGGUACCUUUUUUUUUUUUUUCAGCUAGUACAAAUUACCAGUACUUGGUACCUAAAGAUGGAACCCCCUUAGUGGACUGA